AUGGGGACUGGGCACCGGCUCCGGGACAUCCGCGUGUUCGCGCGCUCCGCGGGCACCUCGAGCUCUCCCUCGCUCCGCCGCCUGGUGGCGCUGUCCAACGGCCUCUCGCGCUGGGUGCAGCUGCGCGUGCUGCGCCCCCUGGCGGCGCCGCAGAGAGCGGCAGCGCUGGGGCAGUGCCUGCGCCUGGGCCAGAGCCUCCUGGAGCUCCGCAAUUUCAAUUCGCUCCUGGCCGUGGUCGGGGGGCUCGGCCACGGCUCCAUCGCGCGCCUGCGCCGGACCCUGGCCCUGCUGGAGCCCCCCAUGGUCCAGCUGUGGGCACAGCUGGCCGAGGCCGUUGGGUCUGGGGGCAAUUACCGCCGGUACCGGGCGCUGCUGGGGGGCGCGGGGGGCUCGGGCGGGUUCCGGGUCCCGGCGCUCGGGGUUCACCUGCGGGACCUGGUGGCGCUCGAGGCGGCGCUGCCCGACUGGGGGGGCCCGGGACGCCCCCACCCCAAUAAACUGCGGGCCCGCUUCGCCCUGCAAGGGGCGCUGCUGGCGGGGCGGGAGCAGGGACCCCCCGGGACCCCCCACCCGGAUUUGCUGCGGCUGUUGGAGGUGUCGCUGGCGCUCGGGCCCAGCGAGGAGCAGCUGCACCAGAUGUCGCUGCAGCGCGAGCCCCGCGAGAGCGCCCCCGCCGGGCCCCCCCCGGAGCUGCCCCCCGCCCUCCCCCCCGAGCGCUGGGUCCUGCCCGAGCCCCCCCGGCCCGACCCCGAGGGGCUCCGGCCCCGCCUCGAGCAGCUCGUGGAGUCCAUUUUCCGGAAUUUCGACGUGGACGGCGACGGGCGGAUCUCGGUGGAGGAAUUUGGGAUCGUGCGGGAAAAUUUCCCCCACCUGCCCCCGCUGGGGGAGCUGGACACGGACAUGGACGGGGGGCUCAGCCGGGGGGAGGUCCUGGAUUAUUUCCUGCGCUGCAGCCAAGGACCCCCCCCGGGACCCCCCCACAAUUUCCGGGGGCUGCGGGGGCUCCGUGCGGGGCCCUGCGAGAGCUGCGGGAAACUGAUUUGGGGUCUGCACAAGGAUGGGAUGGAGUGCAGCGGCUGCGGCCUGCGCUGUCACAUCGCCUGUCGCGAUCGGCUCCGCCCCGAGUGUCGCCGCCGGGCCCAAAGCGUCACCGCAGCCCCCCCGGACCCCCCAGGACCCCUCCCCAAAUCGCGGCCCCGCUCCUUCAGCCUCUCCCUGCCCUGGCCCCGCCGCGCCUCGCUGCGCCCCUCAGACCCCCCCGAGGAGAAUGAGGAGGAUGAGGAUGGAGUGUUUGACACCCACCUGUGACAGGAUCCCGAAGGCUCCGGACCCCCCUGACCCCCCCUGACCCCGAGGAUUUUGGGGGGGGUUUUGGGGGUCCUGACCCCCCCCCCCGGUAUUUUGGGGGGGUUUUGGGGGGGAUCAAUGUGGGAAUAAAC